AUGUUCUCUUCCUGCAGUCAGCGCUUGGCGAAUUUGAUUCAUCUGAUAAUUUUAGCGGUCCAUCAUUGUACAGCAAUAACGACUAGCCCGCCUUUGAAGCCAGGCUAUCCUUUUCUGUUCACGUGGAAUGCUCCAACAGAACUCUGCCAGAGUCGCUUUGGCAUCAACUUAGACCUCUCCCACUUUCAGUUAGUGAGUAGCACCUUGAAGAGUGCCACUAACCAGAGCAUUUCCAUUUUCUACACUGACCGCUUCGGUCUAUUCCCCUACGUGGAUGAAGAAACCGAGAAGCUCUAUGAUGAGGGACUGCCGCAGCGCAUCGAUUUCCAGGAGCAUCGCGAGCUGGCCGAGGAUGACAUUCUCUUCUACAUCCCUGACAACCAGCCUGGGCUUGCCGUACUGGACUUCGAGGAGUGGCGACCCCAGUGGAUCCGAAACUGGGGCAGUAAAGAGAUUUACCGUGACUUGUCCGUCAAGUUCAUCAUGCAGAAAAAUAUGUCCAUAUCAUUUGAAAGGGCAGAGGACUUGGCAAGAGAGGUGUUUGAAAGGGCAGCAAAAAAGUACUUUCUUAGAUCUUUGAGGCUGGGUCAAACCCUGAGACCCUCUCGUCGUUGGGGUUACUAUCUCUACCCUGACUGUUAUAAUUAUGACUAUAACAGUGACAUGGAUGGUUUCACCGGAGAAUGCCCAGAGAUUGAGAAGAAGAGGAAUAAUAACCUGCUUUGGCUUUGGGAGCAGUCCACUGCUCUCUUCCCCUCCAUUUACCUGGAACAAGCUCUGAGGGAGUCCCACAAGGCCACGCUGUAUGUCCGACAUCGCAUCCAAGAGGCCAUGAGAGUUUCCAGGCUCCCUAACAGCACCCGCUCCAUCCCCAUCUAUGCUUACAUCCGGCCUCUGUUCAAAGACAAUGAUAUGGUCUACAUGUCAGAAUAUGACCUGGUGAACACUAUCGGAGAGGCAGCCGCUUUAGGUGCCGCUGGUGUGAUUUCCUGGGGUGACAUGAAUAUCACAGAAUCAGAGGCAUCCUGCUCCAGAGCUAGACGUCAUCUGGAGAAAACAAUGAACCGCUAUAUCCUUAACGUCACCACGGCAACCCAGUUGUGCAGCAAAGCCCUGUGUCAGUCUGAGGGCCGGUGCAUUAGGAAGAUUUGGGACAGGAGUGAUUACCUCCAUCUGGACCCACAACGGUACCGCAUUCGUUUUGACAACACCGGCCAGCUGUUUGUGAAAGGUCAGCUCUCUCAGGAAGACAUUGACUGGUUUGCCAAGAGGUUUGAUUGUCUCUGUUACUCUGAGCAGAACUGUCUGUCCCCUCUUGUCUUGAACGCCGUCUCCAAUUUUGUCCAUAGUGACGGAUCCUCUUCAUCCCCUACACCAGUCUUACUGAUCUUAGUAGCAUCCGCUCUGUGGACAGCUGUGCUGCAGGUUUAG